GAGACCUUCGGAACCGUUUGACUGGGACUUGGAGUUUUGUGAGACUCUGAGUUCUUCGUUUGAGCCUCACCUUGGAGUACGCAGCCGCCCUUUCUUCCCUAUGACUGAAGGCCGCUCUGGCGCUUCAGAGAGACGUCUGUGGCCAUCCUUAGUUGUUUUUGUCAGACAUUCAGGGGCCUCAGCCUCCCAUUCAGUCCCAGCUGGGGACAGACAAGGCCCGGAAGCCCGGGUGAACAGGAAGCCCACUUUGAUGAUUUUUACGAAAAGUCCCUAAGAGGCCCUAGGAAGGACAUUGGAGUGAUGUAGUCUGGGAGCCCAGAGUGUGUCUCCUGGAUGGAGAGGGUGAAAAUGAACGAGGAGGCUGUAUGAGUUUGAGGAGGGCCUGGUCAAAGCCAGAGAGGCCGCGAAGUCUGAUGGACAGAUCAGCUUUUUCUGUGCCUACUGGAGGAACAGGAUGGGCGCUCAGAAGGCCUCCUACCAUGAGGUUGAAGACAGGGUGGGGUGGAGGGGCUCUGCCCUUCAGGGCACCCUCUUCCGCUUGCCGAUGCCUAUGGCCAGGACCCUGUGGAAACAGCUGCGAGCCGGCUCACACUCAACCUAGGAAUGGGAAAUGAGGGGGGAGGGAACCCUGCCCUUGAAAGCUUUCAGUAUGUGCACUUAAGUUCGCUUGCCUUAGAAUGACCAGUGUCCUGUCUGAGAAUGAUUACCUCUUUAUUGCUAGUGUCCCUGUGCCAAGAAGCCCUUGGAUUUCUGCUCUCUGGGAACUUAAGCCUCUAAAGGUCUAUAUUGGGACAGUAGUGUUUGAUCAGUUAUAGCUACAUAUGUGUGGGAGUCCUUUUCUGAUGCCCUCAAUGGGUUAACCAUAAGAAAUGAAUUUUAAUGUUUGGAAUAUCAAAGAGAUGCUUAGUAUUCCCUCAGGCUCUAGCACUACUAAGUCAUCUAACUGGAAUAAUAAUCAGACUGAUUACUCCAGCCUCAGUGAUUCUCAGUUCCUCUUUGGAUCCCAGUUCUGUCCAGAAAAUUCAGAGACCCUCUCAGCACCACUGGAUUUUGGUAUCCACUUGAGACAUCCGAAACUAUCACAACAAAAUUCUCUGGAUAGUGAACCUAGUAUUUUCACAAAGUACCAGACAAAACCACAGCUGUUUGGAGGAGAUACGAAAGAUGGAGGCUUAUUUCCUCUUCCUUCAUCAGUUGGAAAAUCAAAAGGUCUCUUGGAACAGUUUGAGGAGAAAAAACAAAGGACAAAAGACAAAUGUGACAGUGAUACUCUGUACAAUUUCAUUUCCCAUGUCAGAGAGAGCAUUAAUAGAUUGCAGACAUCUGUGGAAAAGUCUGAGGAAUAUCUCAGUUCAAGAAGUCAAUCUAUUUUGGAUUCUUUGGAGACUGUGGCCAAGACAAUGCGAGAAACUGCACAGGCCCAGAGUGAUCUAGUAUUGGAAGCAAUGCAGGACAAAGGCAAGGUGGAACAGGCACUCCUUGAGAUGCAGAAGAGAUCUGAAGCUAGACAAGCAGAGUUUAUAGAAAUGAAGUCCAACUUGAAGCACCUUGAAGUUUUAGUUGCCCAGCAGAGUAAGGACUUUCAGCAGCUGUGUGAACAGCUGGGCCAACUGAAGGUGCCCAAUAUUCUAGCAGAGCUAAAGAAAUUGAUCUCACUUCCUGGGGUACCCAGGCAUGUAAAAGACAACACUUCCCAGACCUCACCACCUUUGGCCCAGAGCUUCAGUUUUACUAGGGAGGAAAAAUAUGCCUCUCAUGAAACAGUUAUGUGGCAGGGCCAAGGCCCCCCUGCUGCAAAGAAUCUUACUGUGGGCUCUCUGUGGCCUGGGAAAUAUGGUGUCUGUGGUGAGGGAACUAAGAGUGAUGCUCUCCAAGAAGAGGCUGCGCUGCUGGCAGCUGGAACCAGUACAAGAAACAGGCAAGUAGAGGACAAGGCUGUGCAGACAAACUGCAAGAAUUGGGCUAGUAGUGAAACAAGCUCCCAGAGCCAUGGCUCUGGCAUCCUUGGUCACAAGGUUCCUGGUAAUGGGGACCUGGUUUCCCAAGGAGCCUCAGAGCUUUUAUCCCUAGAUUUUUCAACCAGCAUUCAGAACACUUGUCAAAAACAUCACACCAAAGGCAUGUUUUCAUGUGACCCUUGUGAACAAAUGUUGGUCACUGAACAGAAAGGCAGAACUGUAGAAAGAAGGGGGAGAAGCAAGAAGCAGCAGCCCAGGAAAGCCCAUAGAGGUAGGCUCCUAGCCAGGAAACAGCAAACGCCAAGUAACACCUGUGCUGUCAAUUCUAAAUAUCCUCAACUUCCAGUUUCUGGCCCUAAAAGGCCCCCUCAGAAGCAGCCACUGCACCUGUGGGAUCCAAGGAGCCCCACAAAAUCAGUGUCUCCUGCUCUGGGAGGAACAGUCUUGCCCAAUAAGAUAGCAACGGCAGCAGAAGGGAGCCUCUUGCUGUUCAACAGGUUCUCUUCCCAAAACAACAGUUCCCAAGAGGACCACCAGAUUAGCUGGUUCAGUGACCUCAACCUUGGAAGUUCAGAGACUCCUCUAUGCAAGGACCCGGGGAAGAAUCUGCUCUAUGACCUGGGCUUUGAUAGUAGUGAUGAUGGUUUCUGACCGGCCCUCAGAGACUUCAGCUGAUGCCUUAUAGGUCUCAGCCAGAAAGAUAAAUUAUAGAACACUUGGACUGGCCAACUGUAGAGAGUCCUGGAAAACUGCUUGGGGUCCUCAGGGUCAGAGGCCAAGGGGGUCACGACAGGGGUGGGGGUAGAUUUGGCAGUUUAUGUACCAGGUGCUAGCAGCCCCUGACAAGCAUAAGGGAAAGUAUAUCCUUAUUUAUUAGAAUGAAUAGUGAUGAGAACUAGGGCAGCCUCCUGGUUGUGGGGCAUCAGGAGGGUGCGGUGUUUGGUGAAAGGAGGGCUGACUUCCAUAUGUUGAGUAGCAGAAGGGCUCUCAUAAAACUGUUGCUGUGGCAGCAUGACUCCCAAACACAAUUUUUUGUCUUCAAAAUAUUCCCUAUACCUAAACUUCCAGAUCUCUUUUCUUAUUUUCAUCCACUUUGCCACCAGAGCUUUUGCAUUUUUUUUGGUUAUUGGACAUAUUACAGGACACACUAGGUCAGUCUUGUUGUGAGCAGAGACACAGAGCUGUCAGUGGAGUCCAUGGAGGCAGUUAGGGCUGCCAGACAAAUACCCAGAGCAUCACAGUUCCCAGGCUACUGAUUCCACUUUCCUUCCUGUCUGCUUUACCUUUGUCCUAUCUUUCAACCACUCUCUUCAAGCAAAUGAGACUUCGGUAGAAUCUGCGCCAUUUCUGGAGAGCAAGGGAAUUAUAUCAGCCUUUGGCUUUCCAUUUAUAUCUUGCUGAAGUUUUAAAAUUUUUGCAAUACAGAUGUAUUUCUUUAAUAAUAACAAAUCAAAAAUAAAGAUGAAACUGUU